AUAUGUCACACACACAACACACACACACAAUUUGCUUAAAUAUCUAUUUUGUUUCAACCCACCCAUUUGAAAAAUUCCAAUAAAUUAUAAGUUAAGAUGAAACAGCGAAUGGACUACAGCCACUGCAAAAGCAAUAGCAACAGCAACAGCAACAGCAAUAGUAACAGCAACAGCAAUAGCAACAACAGCAGCAACGACAAUAGUAACAGCAACAUCAUGGACUUGGAUGAUCUGUGCGCCUUUUGCCUGGAUCGCAUUCACGAUCCCGUACAACUCCACUGCAUGCAUUAUUUUUGUCGCAGCUGCUUGUCACUUUAUCGCGAGGCACGCAACUGGCAGGCAAAACGUUGCCCGCUCUGUCGCCGCAGUCUCGAGGCAUGCCCCAUCGCGUUGCAGGAUAGCGUGGUUAGCUUCAAGGGCCAGAGCUGGCGUUUAACCUUUGUCCUGGUGCUGGCUCUAAUGCUGUUCAGCUUGGGACCAUUCUACUUGCUGCUAAUAUACUGGUAGCCGUUUGCCGCAUGCAAGUCACCCAUCCUAAUACAUAAAAUAACUACAUACAUAAUUGUAUA